CAAUUCUACAAGCGUGUCAAGGAAAGUGGUCUGCUGCACCAGGAGGCCACCACCAGCUGGGGAUCCAUAGCAACCGUGGAUAAACAUGAGUUACUACAGCAUAAGACCCUCCAGCUCCGCCAGCUUCUCCUCUACCUCAACAGCAAGUGCCCUUGAUGAUGACAGCACCAGCCUCAGGCAGCAGAAGCUGGAAAAGCAGAGGGCGCUGUUGGAGCAGAAGCAGCGGCGGAAGCGGCAGGAGCCUCUGAUGGUGCAGCCCAACCCAGAGGCCCGGCCCAGGCGCUCCAGGCCCCGGCGCAGUGAGGAGCAGGCCCCGCUAGUGGAGUCACGCCUCAGCAUCACCAGCGAUGUCAUCAUGGACGUCCAGAGUGAGGGCAGUACGUCAGGUGAGGAUAGUGAGAGGGAGUGGUGGGAGAAGCUGGGGCCAGGCCCCAUGUUGCCCAGGAAAGCAGGGAGAGGGCCAGUCAUGGAGCUCACUCUGGAGGAGCAGAGUGGCCUUCCAGAUCGAGUCAAGGUAGUGGAGGAGACACCCAGGAAGCUGUUCUCUCUGAUGCCCAGAUGGGCCUUCAGAUGGGGAGGAGAGAGUCACAUUCAGAGAGGCAGAGCAGCAUUCAGACUCCCAGGUAUCGACGGCCCUGCUGCCUUCAUGGGCUCUGAGGCCCCAGACCUGGGUACCAAGAUCCAGAUUCUGUCUGUGAGCCAGUCCCAGCCCCUGUCCCUGUCCCAGCCGCUGCCCCAGUCUCCCCCCGCCGAGGAGCCAGACCGGGACGGGGACACAGAGACUCUGCUGGAGCCCAAGACGGAUAUCCACGAGCUGCUGCAGAAACGAGAGGCGUGGGACAUCUCACUCAGCCCCUCCCCCUCUCUGACUGACCCCACCCGCGGCAGGGUGGUCCAGUUGGUAGGUGCAGUGGAGGAGGGCCCGGAGGAGGGGCCAGAGGAGGGGCCAGAGCGCCCACUGUCUGCCAGGGAGAAACUACUCCAGUCAGGUCUGUCAGGCAGUAUGAACUACGAAGAGGCCAGUGAGGAAGAUGGUGAUAAAGACCGGACCCGCUCGCUGUCCCCCAACACAGAGUCAACCCGGCCUGCGUCUGCCUCCAGCACCAAGUCCAACACAGAGUACGUGACACCGGGGUCGCCCACGGCGGAGAGCGCCCUGAUCGAAGUGGACAACCUGGAGCAGUUUGUGGUGCGUCCCGCCCCCCGCGGCGUCACCGUCAAGUGCCGCAUAUCCCGGGACAAGAAGGGAAUGGACCGCGGCCUGUACCCCACCUACUUUAUGCACCUGGAGAGAGAGGACGGCAGGAAGCUGUUUCUGCUGGCUGGGAGGAAGAGGAAAAAGAGCAAGACGUCCAACUACCUGAUCUCAGUGGACCCCACGGACCUGUCACGCGAGGGAGAGAGCUUCAUGGGGAAACUGAGGUCCAACCUGAUGGGGACCAAGUUCACGGUGUAUGACCACGGCACCAACCCCUGUAAGAACCCUGGAGCUCUGCUGGAGGAGAGCAACACACGACAGGAACUCGCAGCCAUCUGCUAUGAGACCAACGUUCUGGGGUUCAAAGGUCCCCGCAAGAUGACCGUCAUCAUCCCAGGCAUGAACAUGAACUUUGAGAGGGUCCCUGUCCACCCAAACAGCGAGCAGGACAGCCUUCUAAGUAAGUGGCAGAACCACUCACUGGAAAACCUGAUCGAGCUGCACAACAAGGCCCCCGUGUGGAAUGACGACACCCAGUCCUACGUGCUCAAUUUCCACGGCCGCGUGACACAGGCCUCCGUCAAGAACUUUCAGAUCGUCCACGACAACGACCCGGACUACAUCGUGAUGCAGUUUGGCAGAGUGGCCGAGGACGUAUUCACCUUAGACUACAACUACCCCAUGUGUGCCCUGCAAGCCUUCGCUAUUGGCCUGUCCAGUUUCGACAGCAAACUGGCCUGCGAGUGACCAACCCCAUCACGACUCCUAACUCGCCAUUCCCUCCAUGGCCUUUUCAACCCACUCCCUCCCCCUCCAGGACAAUGUCAACUCCACAACACCCGCCACUCCACCUCCCCCCUCACAGGACUCAGCGCCUUCCUUGUACAGUCAGCGGUCAGCUCACCAGCAGUCUGCCACUAUGGAAAUAAUCAUGAACUAUGACCUCUCACCCCUAUGUGGUACGUCCAAUCACGGCACCCGAAUCACGCUGACUUGGAGAGCGGAAAAGAGAGUGGGUGUGUGAGAGAGAGAGAGAGAGGACAAAAGCAAAUGGAUUUGGGCGGAGGAUAUAGGGUUUUUCCUUGUCAGCAGAGAAAUCCGCAAAGGGAAACUUGUCACAAAUAAUCAAGGCACCUUUGUUUUUAUUUGUAUUUAUCUGUAGUUCUGUUUCAAUUUGUUUGUAUUGCUUUUUUUUGCUUUAUCUGUUGUAUAUUAGUGAUUUUAUGUGUAUUGACAUUGAUUGAAAGGGAAGAAGGACACCAAGCAUCAAAGACCAGACUGUCGUGGGCACUUCCUGUUAGGGACUUCUAACAGACUAGACCUGGUCACAGGGGAUGGUGUCUUUGAUUUAUAUCAGAAUUGAAUGUUUUAUAGGCCUCAAAUCAUGUCUAAUGGACUUAUGAGUAUUUAGUUUUUAGCAGAUGUUUUUAAAGUUGCUUUUAAUGUUGAUUCCAAUAGUUAUUUUACCCCAUUUUACAUUCUGUUGCCUUCCACAAUCACUGUGAUGCAAUUCUUUUGACCAACUGGAAACUUUAUGGUCUAUAUCAUAACAUUCAACUCACUGUCUUCAAAUGGUCACGUUGCUUUUGUUUCCAGCCAUUUUGCAGCAUCAAGAUGUUUAAUAAUUGUAACGUUAAAAAACAAUUUCAACCCUUUUUAUUUUCUUCCUGUUGAAGAUUAAUUUCUCGUAAUCAAAUUGAUUUGCAUAUCAGAAAGUCUUGAAGUCAUGCAUAUCCAUCCAAUGUGUCCCUAUUUUCUGGUUUUAAAAACACACUUUUACUAACAUAUCUCAGUAGCAUUCUGAGGAGUUUGGAACAGAACAUUUCUUACUGCAAUUCCUUUGUACAUUUUGUGAUGUCUUAGCCCCAUGUCAAGUUAAAUCCUCACGGGAAAGUCAAUAAAGUUGCUCAGCAAGCACAAUGAAAGGAUUUUAUUAUAGUGUUCUAUAAGUUUUGCCUUAAUGUUUGGACAUACUUCUCAUUUUCAAAUAUCAUGAAAUGUCAGCCUAAAUGUCAUUUCAUUGUGUGGAAUACAAAAGAGUUAGCCUGGAAUCCAAACUGAGCAAUCCAAACAAUGGAGAAAUAUUCAGUUGCCCUAUACUCGGUCUACAUUAUAUGCCAAAUUUGUCUAGCCAUUUAAAAUGACAGCAGAUUGAAUAAUAACACUACAUUUUAUAUGGGCUCCCGAGUGGCGCAGCGGUCUAAGGCACUGCAUCUCAGUGCUUGAGGCAUCACUACAGA